AUGGUACACGCCGACUCCUCAACUUUCAAAUCUGAUGUUAGUAAAGAAGAGGCAUAUGCGCAGGUAUUAGAGGAAGCGAGGGGAUUAUUUGAUGGACAGAGGAAUUGGGUCUGUAAUCUAUCGAACACGGCAUCAUUAUUAUGGCACGCAUAUAAAUCACUUCCAACACCAUCAUCCGAAGUAAACUGGGCCGGAUUCUACACCCUGAACUCCUCCUCACUCCCAUCCCGCCCCUCUCUCAUCCUCGGGCCUUUCCAAGGAAAAGUCGCUUGUCAAACCAUCGCCUUCUCCCGCGGUGUAUGUGGCACUGCCGCUUCCACUCAGACGACCCAGUUAAUACCCGACGUGGAAAAGUUUCCAGGCCACAUCGCUUGUGAUGCCGCUAGUCAGAGUGAGAUUGUCGUACCGAUUGUGGUGGAUGGGGUGGUGAGGGCUAUUAUUGAUGUGGAUUGUGGGGUUAAGGAUGGCUUUGAUGAGGUUGAUCGGAAGUGGUUGGAGGAGCUGGCGGGGGUUUUGGCUGAGGGGUGUGAUUGGUGA